CCUGCCCGGACUAAUGUGAGAAUGUAAUUGUUGUGGGUCUGGAGGUUGUGUAGACGCUUGCUUCUUGCAUGGAUUAGAGUGGUAUGAUGAUGAGGUUGAAAGAAGAAAGAGAAGCAAAGCGCUCUCACAUGGAUCCCAGACAUGACUAUAUUGUGAGAACUCUUGCUGAGAAUAUGCAGUUUGAUGCAUUGGAAGUUGAAGAGUGCCUGCUGGAUGGAAAUCAGGUGUAUUACAUGGACAGCUAUUUCGAGGCUGGUGGGCCCACUUGUUUGAUGUUCUUUUGUGAGGGUGCACAGCGAUCUGUGCCAGUAGAGGCAACAGAUGGAGAUGGAUCAGCAGCAGCAGUCAAGCCUCAAGUCCCAGUACAUAAAUCAAAGCUGAAAGUCUUCUUGACAGAUGGGUCACACGAACCUUUUCCUGGCACGUGUGCUUUUUUUCUCCGACUAACAUCAAAGGCAAUCACUAUUCACAACAUCAGCAGCGAGAUACACUUUGGCAUGCUGGAAGCAAAUGGAGGCGGGAUUCUUGGUGCUGUUCGGCAUCUUUUGUCAUCUGUAUUCAUUCCAGCUUUGCAUAGCUAUGAUAGCUGGGGCCAGGGAGACAGUAAAGAGAUUGAACGUUUACGUGGUGACUUUUUGGUUAAACUGGAAUCGUUUGUUCAAAUCCUUGCUGGAGCUGAAGCAAGUCUUGCUGACCUUGUGUCACUUCCAGCAUGUGAUGAAGUUGAUUUUGCAUCAAUAACAACACCGUCUGAUUAUUUACGAGCUGCUGACAACCCAGAAAUGGUGGAGCAACUCGAACGAUGCUUGACAACGUGGUGCAAAGAAUUGGAACAAAUUUUGACUAAGAGUGACCAGAUGCGCAAAGAAACCAAUGAUGUUGGUCCACGAGUGGAGCUUGUAUACUGGAAACAACGUAUGGCACGGUUCAACUCACUAUUAGCCCAUGCCAAGAGCAAAGAAUGCAAAGCUGUAGUUGGUGUCCUUCACAUUGCAAAAUCAAAAUUACUCAAGACUUGGAGAGAACUGGAUUCUCGUAUUACUGAAGGCGCCAAUGAAGCUAAGGAUAAUGUGAAAUUCCUUCAUACUCUGGAGAAAUACUGCGAUCCACUUUAUCGAAGUGAUCCGGUGAGUAUGGUAGAUGCCUUACCGGGCCUCAUCAAUGCCAUUCGCAUGAUACACAGCUACUCUCGUUGUUACAACACAGCAGAGAAAAUGACAGCUUUGUUUGUAAAGGUUACAAACCAGAUGAUCACAGCUUGCAAAGAUUACAUUACAAGUCAUGGUUUCCAUCGUGUUUGGGACCAGGACAUGCAAACAUUGAUCCCUAAGCUGCAGGCUUGCUUGAGACUGAAUAAUGAAUACCAACAGUGUGUCCAACGAGUAAAACAGAAGAUUUUGGAGCAAUCAGAUGAAAGGCCUCUUAUAUUUAGUGAGAUGUAUGUAUUUGGCAAAUUCAAUGCAUUCGGUCGACGCCUUGAAAAAAUCAUUGACAUUCUGAUGAUCAUCAAGACGUACCAGAUUUUAUCUGAAUCUCACAUUGAAGGAAUGGAAGUGGCAGCCAAUCGCUUCCAAGUCAUCAUUAUUACACUGAAGAAGAAACCAUAUGAUGUUUUGGAUCACCGCAAGACUGAUUUUGAUGUUGACUAUCGGGAUUUCAAGUCAAACAUUAGUGACUUUGAAGUCCAGUUGCAGAUGUUCUUCAACCAGUGUUUUGAACGAAUUCCUUCAACCCGAAGAGGGUUGCAACUGUUGGCUCGAUUUGAACGUUUGAAAUUACCAUGUCUUGAUGUAGAAGAGAAAUAUCAAAUGAUCCUUCUCCACUACCUGCGAGACAUUGAAAACACAACAAAGUUGUAUAAUCAGAACAAAUCAGAUCCACCCGUGGAAAGCACAAUGCCACCAGUUGCUGGAAAAAUCCUAUGGGCAAGGCAACUACUACGAAGGAUUGAAGAACCAAUGACUGUAUUUCAAGAGUACUCUGUAGUCCUAAAGAUGCCCUCUGCCAAGAAAGUUAUCAAGAAAUACAACAAUUUGGCAAGAGUUCUUGUGGAAUUUGAACUGAUCUACCACCAAGCAUGGCUAAAACAGAUGGACAUUGUAGCUCAAGGUAUCCAUGUCACUGUGUUAGUGAAACAUCCAAAGACCAAGGAUCUCCUGGUAAACUUUGAUGAGUCUGUGCUGCUUGUCAUUCGUGAAGUAGAGGUUAUGGAGAAACUGGGACUUGACAUACCACUCACUGCCAUUGGUUUGAAGUCAAAACAAGCUGCUUUCAAACACAAGUCCAAUCAGCUUCAGGUGAUGUUGAGUGAGAAUGCCAGAGUGAGACAGAAAAUUCUUCCCUUAUUUGCCAAUCUGUUCAAUCCUCAUUUGGCUAAAGUUGAUGUUGCUCUUGGGGCUGGUCUUACUCUCAUCACAUGGACAUCAGUGACAUUCGAUGCCUUUGUCGAUAAAGCAAAGUGUGCUAUGUCAGAACUGGAGCUUCUUAUAGAUAAAGUCAACAACAUCUAUGAAAAUCUCAUUACAGUAUAUUUGAAUGAGAUUAGUUGUUGUGUUCUAUGUGAACUACCUGAGUUGGAGCCAUUGUCUACUGAAGAGUUUCUUGUGCAAACUCAGGAUUGUAGUGAGAAAGCUGCUGAAUUCAUCAACUCACGCAGCACUAUGAUUGAAAAUGCUGUUCAUUCAGUACUCCAUCUUCUACUUGACAGUGAUGAAUAUGAAGACAAUGACGAUGAAGUUGAGAGCCAAGUUCUUGAGCUUCAAUUUAAGUAG